CCUUGGUACAGAGGCUUUACCGGAACUACUGAGAAAACUGUUACAGAUUCUGGCGUGUGCUACAGUACUUGUGGGAUCAUAAAGAAAGAAAAUGAGUCAACACUCAGGAUUUCGGAGCUGCCAAUUGGUACUUGCAUUAAAGAUUAUUUGGAAUUUCUUGACUCUAUCUCGGAAGUGAAUGGAGAGGCCAAGGAUCAUUGGAUUAAGGAUUACGAAGAUUUUUCCUACAUAGAUGUUGAUAUUCUCAUCCACUUGUCUGAUACUGUGAAGAGCUUGACAGAAGCCAGUGAAGAGGAUCUGUGUAAGAAGUUUAAACUGACAAGUAGCAGAAGCAUAAGUGAGAUGCACCUGUUUGAUCCAACAGGCGAGAUUAAGAAAUAUGACACUCCAGAACAAAUUCUUGAGGAAUUUUUUCAUCUAAGACUCCAAUUCUAUGAGAAAAGAAAGACAGUACUAUUGCUUAUCCUUAGAUCGGAGUUGUCAAAUUUGGAAAACAAGGUUGCACUUAUGCGUGGUGUCUUUGAUGGAGGAGUGGUCGACUUCAAUAAACUUAGCACUGAUCCAUACCUAAAAAGCAUGCCAAUUACUACGUUUGUCUACAGAGACAGUUAUCAAGAAAAGUUGCAAGAAUUAUUGGCUGAUAUAGAUACGAUCAAACUGAAGAUUAAAAAGUUGGAAGGUUCAACUCCGAGGACAUUGUGGUUGGAGGAGCUUGCUGCUCUUGAACAGGAACUUAAUAAGCUGGAGAAGCAGAAGCUGUUGGUGGAACUAGGGUAACAUCUUCCAGUGGAAACAGAUACAGAUGGAUGUGGCACCAGUCAUAGACUACGACAACAAUCAGAUGCCUGUGCCUGUGGUGGAGGAAUUAACUUGCUAGCUAAUAGGAAGUAGAAUUAGCAUGAACUUGCUGGACAAUUUGACCUUUUUAGUUCAGAUCUAAUCCUGGAUUCAUGUGCGUUGUGUUAAUAUUCCUGUUGAUAUGUUCCGCCAUGUUUUUCAGGUUCAAUGUACUUGAUACCUUACAUAUUAACAAGCUUCUGUGAACUCUAGUUACUAGUACCUCAACUGCGUGUGCGCGCGCAUCAUUCAGCUGUCAUUUGAUCAGAUGAAAUCAAUCUGGUUGGUGUACAUGAUCGUUAAGGGUAGUCCACAAUUUCUUUCAUAUGAGCUACCAAGUACAAGUUUAAGAGAUACAGCUAGCUAGAUUAAGUAUAAGUUUAAGAGCUAUAAGUAAUUAAGGACCAACCAUGUCUACUAAUAACAAGUGUAAUACUUGGUUUGACAUAGCACUCACUAACAUUAAUACUGAAGAGAAAGAGGAGGAAUUACCAAUGGAUGGAGUGAGUUGGAACACAAAGCUACCAAUCAAGUCGACGAAUAGGAUGCCGGCGGAAUGGCAAUUGUACGCAUUCAAAGGUGCGAGUGGCCAGGACCAUUUCCCCAGACGUAUCUUGAUUUUGUCACUUCAUAUUGAAUUACUACCACAACAACACGCACCUUCCACAAAGAAGGUGUAUCAUACUAUCAUCUCUUGUCAUUAAUUGUAAUCAUGUUCCCGCACACAACAAAGCCAACCUUUUGAUUUCCUAGAUCGACAAAGCUGUAUGACUUUGAAUGUGAAGGACCAAGGUCACCAAAGAAGGUAUAGAACCAGGUAAAAAAACCAGAGAGUCGUGAGAGCUGAAUAUACUAUACCUGCGAGACAAUAGAGAUUUCCGUUCACCUAAAAAAGCAAGGGGUCUGGUUUCCCCUUCAGGAAACUCCAAUCAUGCUUUCUCCAAAAUGUAGACUUGGGUUCAAAACUAUAGACAUCUCCACUUGGCAGAUAUCGUCUUUCCCUAUGUGGUAGUGGAGCCAUGCCACCGGCGAAGAAGAUUUGGGAGCCGGAGGUACAGCAACCCAUACGCGAAGGGAUUAUCGCCCCCGCGCUAUCGCAGCUGAAGGGAACUUCCUAGCUGGAGCAACUGAGAUUCCUGCUGGGCUUUAAUUUGGAGGUGCAAUAUACAGCUGCACUUGGUUAUUUCUUCAGUAUCGCUGCUAAACUCACAGGAGCAUGCAAGUAACUUGGACAAAAUUGAUGGUGCGGAGAACGUAAGUUUGAUAUCCAGCAUAUCCUCAUCGGAAUCAAGCCGUCGACCCAAAAAUAAGUUUAACUAGAAAAAGCCCCCGCGCGAUGCUGCGGGUUUAUUUUUUCCUUCUCUCAAAUCUGGUCGUCAUAGUCACAAUUAUAAGAUAAGAAAUGUUAAACUGAAAAAAAAUGUAGGCCCGCGCAAUGCCGCGUUUUUUCUCUUGCUAAGUUUUAUACAUCCAUAGUUUGUGGAAUAUUUUACAGUUAUAUUACAAAAGUGGAAAUAUUAAAUAGAAUCUGGUAUCUUAAUCUAGUUACAAAAACAACUUCUCAAAAAAAAAAAAA